UAAGAUAUUCAUCAAUGAAAACAAUGUAGAUGUGGCACCGUAGAGACGCUGUCUGCGCUUCAUAACAACACCCACGGUGUUUUUUUUACACUUCAAGUGCAGCUCCUAUGCUGUAAUGAAGGCUACCAGAAGCAAUAUGUUGGGUGCCGGUCCAUCCAACAACAAGGUCAAGUAUUCACGACUGGCUGCUGAUGAAGACGGUUACAUCGACUUACAGUUCAAGAAAAGCCCGCCAAAGGUUCCUUACAAGGCGAUUGCACUGGCAAUAUUCCUGUUCCUGAUCGGCUCCUUAUUGAUAAUCUUUGGGGCUCUUCUUCUAUCUGGGACCAUACAGGUCGAGCAUCCAGAUCGCACUAUUCCCGUCAUCAUCAUCGGACUUCUUGUUUUCCUUCCUGGAUUUUACCAUUUGAGAAUUGCUUACUAUGCCGCCAAGGGUUACCGGGGUUACUCCUAUGAUGACAUCCCAGAUUUUGGCGACUGAGUGAAAUGACAGCUGCUGAUUGGUGGAGCAUCCUGACACUGUUGCCUGCUGUUUACGUCAAGUUUCUGAAUGUAUGUAGCGAAUAUGGCAAAACUUUAUCAUUGCUUUGCCAUUGAGACUUUAAGGUUUUUUAGAAUUCUGUCCUUUUCUGCAGAGCUCUUAUGGUUGAAAACAAAAGCUUGACAACCCUGAGAGGCUUUUUAUCAACAAUGAACCAAACAUUCAAUGAGUAGAUGAGUUGUUGCUCGCAUGCAACAAUACAGCAACUUGUUGCUAUUGUAAAAUGCUCACCAUUCAUUUAAGAAAUGAUAACAAACCCUGAAUCAGUGGUGAAACAAUUUUGAAUGCCUUUAACGUACUACUGCUAAAGUCCAUGAGCUGGAUAACUGAAAAGCUUUGUGUUCUUUGCACAGUUGCACAGCUGUUACAGAGUGUAUCUUAAACAAAUAUUUAUUUUAGUGACUGUAGUCUGUAUGAUUUAAUGCAAAGCUCUGGUGACUAUAUUUCUCCCGAGGGGUUAUAUUUGCAGUACUAUCCAAAGAUCAAUUACUUUGUCAAAGUACAGUAUAUUUUUGACUGAGAUGUAUUACUUUCUGUAUGAAGUAUUGCCGUUUGUGCAUAUUUGUUUGCUUUUAAAUAUCAGAGAAAGAAGUAUUUUUUACAUACAUUUGCUUG